AUGAAAUCAUCUCGAAAAUGGGCAAAAUCCAUUUCUUCUAUUUCUUCUUGCCUUUAUUUUCUUCUCAUCAUCUUUCAAGUCCCACUUUUCAGGGUACCAUGUCGAAGUGGAAUAUGCAUAACUCCGGUUCAAGUAACAUCUUCUCAGCUAAUAGCAAGCGAAGUCUUGCCUGUUUCAUUUGUGAAGAUCCUUCUUUACCCGGGUGCUAUUGUUAAUGCUCUUAUUAAUGGUAUAAACAUCCCCAACUAUGAUGAUUUGCUAGAAAUAUAUAACUUUACUCAUGUGAAAGAGGCUUCUGCAAUCAUUGAUCUUAGGCAUCUUGAGAUAAUAACUCUUAACAAUUUUCUGAGGACUGUGAUUCAGAUUCUAGCAGGGAGCUACUUCUGUGUGGUUGGGGCAAUACUCGGUCUGCUGAAGAAUGGCAGAUUAAGCUUAUUUGGGAGUUUGCUGCUUAUAUGGGGCUUGUUUAAGGAAAUCAUGAGGCAAAAAUCUACCUGUUUAGACUAUUGUCAGUCAGUUGAAGUUUCUCCAAUCAUGUUAGUAGCUCUCUUUACCGCGUUAUCAUCUAUCAGAAGCGAUGUAAGAGCUGUCGUAAAGAGCUUUCAAGCACACCAAUUAGCAACAGCAGCAGUUGAUUUGGAUGAGCAUAUAAAGAAAAGGAAGAAGGAUAGGGAGAUGAAGAGGCUUGAAUGGAAUGUCAAUUAUGUUAGCAGUACUGCUACAACUCCUAGGUCUACAAAAAUUGCACAACAAGGAAUUAAAAAUACUUUUUACUGAAUUUUCCUCUGCUUUUUUUGUACAAGUAUGAUUUUAUUCAUUUAUUGUUAGUAUUUUCUAGUUUUUGGGGUUUUUCCUGGUUGAUUUCUAGGUUUCUUUUUUAUUUGGAAGGCGAAAAUUGUUACAAAUCCAAAUCUUCUAUCACAUUUUUGUGUGAUGGCAUAUAUUUUAGCAGUGAAACACAACAUCAGUUUGCAAUUUUUUUCAUUGAAAAUUUUGAGUUUGGGUAGGCGUUCAU